AUACAUUUCUUAUUCCUGUAGUAUUGUUCUUUUCUCUUCCUUGCUCACUGCCGUGCAGAUAAAAUUUUUCACUUUAGCUUAUUCGUUUGGGGUUUGUUUAGAGUUGCAGAGUGCAGAGGGAAGGAAAGAAAAUAGUAACGGAACAAAUAGCGAAGUGUUAGGGAGGCAAUAAUUAGGAGCUGGACCAGUGUGCAGGCUCUGAGAGAGGACUAACAUGGCCUUGUCGGUUGUUCUGCAGGAGUACUAGAUCCCUCAGUGUCACCAGUCUCUAAUAGUAUCAUCACUGGUGUUUUUUAGUACAAACCAACCCGCCUGUUCCUUUGAUAGAUGGAUUUUAUGGGCUUGGAUGGGUGAUUAGGAAACAAAACUCCUCUCACACAUCUCUAUCCUCCCUCUUUUUUACCUCUUUCUCCUGGCAUCUCUCUCUCUCUCUGACUCUUUCCUUCUCACAGUUUAGGCUUCACGUUUGCACUUCCUUAAUCAAUGCUAAAACAAUCUUGCUUGUGUUUGCUUGGUCUUAACCUCAUGGAACUGCUGACGGUUAGAGUUUUCUUACAUCAAAAACUGAUGAGUGAUCAGUUUAAUUCAUCGAGGGAUUCUUCCUCAAAAGUCUCUUCUUCUGCACCUAUAAAUUCAGGUGUGGGAGAAAGGAGGAGAGAUCAAACUGUUCAUGGUGGCACAACAGUCCUCAAUCCAAACCCACCUCAAGCCCUAGAUCUCCACCCUCUUUACCACCCAGAAUUGAAUCCACAACACCAAAUACACAAGCCAAGAAGAGAUCCAAACCCAGACCCAGAUCCGGUGUCAGCUACAACUGCUACAACCAGUGCAACAGUGACUGCUUCAGCUAACAGAUCAAGCCUAAAAUCACCACAGCAACAACCUCCAACAUCACAGCCCCCGCCAGUGGCAGCUGCAUCACCAACAACUAUCAGCUCUACUCCUUUGAUUAGAUAUAGAGAAUGUAUGAAGAACCACGCAGCCAGCAUGGGCGGCCAUGUUAUGGAUGGCUGCGGAGAAUUCAUGCCAAGCGGCGAAGAAGGCACCCCAGAAGCCUUGAAAUGCGCAGCUUGUGAAUGCCACAGGAAUUUUCAUAGAAAAGAAAUCAACGGGGAAACACAAUAUGCACCAAGCUGUUAUUAUUAUUCCUAUAACCCCAACAAAAACAACAACAGAAGAGAUACUACACAUCCACCUUCUCAGCUACAUCCUCAGCAACCAAUCCCUCUUCAUCAACAAAGAUUCUCUCUUGGAUUGUCUACUAGUCCUACUGCCAUGCCAAUUGCACCUGUAAUGAUGAACUUCGGUGGUGGCGGCCCGGCUGAGUCCUCAAGUGAAGAUCUGAAUAUGUUUCAUUCUAAUGCAGGAGGGCAAAUAUCGGCGCAGCCACAGUCAUCAAAGAAGAGGUUUAGAACAAAGUUCAGUCAAGAGCAGAAGGAUAAGAUGAUGGAAUUUGCUGAGAAGCUGGGGUGGAGAAUCCAGAAGCAAGAUGAGCAAGAAGUGCAGCAGUUUUGCGCUCAAGUGGGAGUAAAGAGACAGGUUUUCAAAGUUUGGAUGCACAACAAUAAACAAGCCAUGAAGAAAAAGCAAAUGUAAGAAAGAGUUUUUCUUCGAAACACUUGCAAGUAGCAGCUCUCCUUAAAGAAUUGAUAGAUUUAGAGAAUAAAUAAUUUUAGCCUAAAAAUGUGCAUAGCCAAAUAGAAAAAGAAAGGUGGAAAUAGAUUAGCUAGAACUCUUACUAGUUACUGAUUUUUCCUGAUUUGCCAGAAAUGUUUGAUUAACAUCAUUAAA